GGGGCGCCUUUGUCCGGGCAGAGGCGGCGGCGCGGAGCGAUCGUGAGCGGGUUCGGCUCGAAUCGGCUCGGUUCGGCUGGGCUCGGCUCGAAUCGGCUCGGUUCGGCUGGGCUCGGCUCGGCUCGGCCCGGCCCGGCCCCACUAUGACUUUUGCGGAGCUGCCUGGGGACCACGGCACGGCCGGGAGGUAAGGAUGGAGCAGGCGGGGGACGCGCUGGAAGAGGUGCUGAGCAAGGCGCUGAGCCAGCGGAGCCUCACCCUCGGUGUCUACGAGGCCGCCAAGCUGCUCAAUGUGGACCCGGACAACGUGGUGCUGUGCUUGCUGGCGGCUGACGAGGAGGAGGCGGGGGACGCGGCGCUGCAGAUCCACUUCACCUUAAUCCAGGCUUUUUGCUGCGAAAACGACAUCAACAUCCUGCGGGUCAGUAACCCGGCCCGGCUGGCCCAGCUCCUGCUCCCGGCCACCGGCCCCGAGCCACCCACCGACCUCCACUGCGUCCUCGUCACGAACCCCCAUGCCUCGCAGUGGAAGGAUCCAGCGCUGAGUCAGCUCAUGUGCUUUUGCCGGGAGAGUCGCUACAUGGAUCAGUGGGUGCCAGUGAUUAACCUCCCCGAGCGGUGACCGCGCCGGGCGCCGAACGAACUGAACCCAAUUGCACUGAAGUUUUGCAAUACUUUAGCAGUUGCUCAGGAAGUAACUCCCUGCCCUGGAUUACGGGAGGGGGAGGGAAAAAAAUAAUACUAAUAAUAAAUUUAAAAAAAAAAAAAAAA